GGCUAACUUGGUGAACUACAGAGGGUAAACUGUCUAUAUUUGUAAAUGUGAGUAACAAGGCGCUGCAAAAGCGCUUCGUUUCCGUGCCCUUGGUGUGCUGACAGCUUAAAAUUCUGACAGGGUAGAUCGGCAUCCCCGGCUUCGCACGUGAAGUGCAUUCACUUCGAUUGCCAGCGUUGGAUGUAGCGAGCUAGAUUGCUAACCAGCAGGAUAGCUACCCCCUGAGACGACACAUCCGUAGAACCACGCUGAGGGAAACGUCGUUAUAAUUUCAACAGAAAUAUUUGACUAGGAAUGUAAUGAGGGACAACACAAAAGAAAGAGCAAUGGCAGGACCCAGGCCCGUGGUGCUGAGUGGACCAUCUGGUGCUGGGAAGAGCACUCUCCUGAAGAGGCUCAUGAAGGAGUACGAGGGAGUGUUCGGCUUCAGCGUCUCGCAUACGACCAGGAACCCCCGCCCUGGAGAGGAGAAUGGCAAAGAUUACCAUUACGUGUCGAGGGAGGCCAUGCAGGAGGGGAUCGCCAACGGGGAAUUCAUUGAGAACGCCGAGUUCACAGGGAACAUGUAUGGGACAAGCAAGGCCUCCGUGCAGGACGUUCAGGCCAAGAACCUGAUCUGCAUCCUGGACAUCGACAUGCAGGGUGUGAAGAACAUUAAGAAGACGGACCUCAACCCCAUCUACGUCUCCAUCCAGCCCCCCUCCAUGGAAAUCCUGGAAAAGCGCUUGAGGGACAGACAGACGGAGUCAGAGGAGAGCCUACAGAAGCGCCUGGAAGCAGCACACAUUGAUAUGGAGCUCAGUAAGGAGCCUGGCAUAUUUGAUGUUGUCAUCAUCAACGAUGACUUGGAAGAGGCAUAUUCGAAAUUGAAAGAGGUUCUUAUUGAGGAAAUUACAAAAGUCCAGGAAGCCAACAAGUCGUAGGUCAUGAACCUCCACGCAGCUCAGCACCUCUCUGGCCACUCCUUCAAACGCAACCCGCCCGCCUUCCAUUCCAGAGCCCGACAUUCCGCCACUCAAGCCGGUCCGCCUGUUCAUCACACGUCGCCCGCUCCAGUCCUUAGCUGCCCAAUCCUGACGUCCAGCCCGCAGGAGGAGUUCUGGGGUGUUCCACCUGGAACACUGUGCACUCUACGUGCAGCCCACUUGGGCUGGUUAUUCCUUGGCUGGUGGUCGAUAACAGUGCUUCUACCAUACUGUAGACAAGACAAAAUGCACAGUAGGUAUCAAGUUUGUGUUCAAGACCAGAGUGGGGUCUUGGUUCUCCUUUGCCUGUUGCCUUGCCUUGUUCAGCUGAGAGGGGGGGGGGGUUCUAAAGCUGAGGAAGCUACCAAGAUGGAACCAAAAUGCCCAAACAGCAUGUUUUAAUGUACUGUAUUAAUAAUAUCUCCAGUUAUGGAGGAGGGAGGUUAAAAUGCAUGUUGAACAAGACUUGGCUCAUUCCUUCCACGGCUGAACCAGUGUGGCAAGCAGGCGUAGAAAACUGUGUUCAUGGAAAGACAAGAGUUGUUCUCGUCUUUACCAUGCAAGUCAGUGUAGGACAGAUCCUAGCUUCUGCGCUGCGGCCUGCCUGUUCACCUUGGUUUCGCCUUUCUGAAAUACAGCUCUUGUAUGUUAAAGCCUAUGUCAGCCAAGGGCCUGUGGUUUUACCUGAACUUGUUCAGAGGACUUUUUCAUUGCAGAAGCAGACACCAAAUCGACCAGUUGCCCUCAUCAGCUCCACUGCCAGUUGGAUGUGGUGGAAGUCCAUUAUGAAAGUGUCAUAGGGUUAUUUCUGUUUUUACUUAUUUAUUUUCAUUUAAGGGCAAUGAGGGAUUCUCAGCCCAUGAGCAGGUCUUUCCUACAGCGUGGGUGCAGGCAGCUACCAGUCACAGAUUCAGGAAUUUCUUCUCUCUCAAGUGCUGCUCAAGCGCUCACAUUUUUCACGUACAGAAGCACAUUUUGUUCAAAUUCGCAAACCAGUGAAGCUCAGGAAACACAAACGGGCUGUUAACCCCCGCGUAUGAAUCAUCUGUCACCAGUAGGAAUCUCCUCUCCUGUGUUUUAAGAACAGUGUAUGUUAGGUUGUCUUUUUAGGUUUCGGUGAAGACUUUCUUUUCUGUUGAUUGCACUCGUAGGCCACCUCCGAAAUGUAGAUUUGUGGAUCAGUGCUUACAUUGGAUCCUUUAAGUUAUGAAGUAGGUUGGCAUUUUUUUUCCAUUCUCUUAUUUAUUUUAACUCCAUAUCUGAUGAGAAUGUCAUUACUCAUAUUAAAAUGCAUGUUAGCUAGUUGUCAAUCAUGUCAUAAUUCUCUUAUACAGGGAAAAUGUGAAUCUGCUGCAUUUUGAAAAGGAAUGUUGUUAGUAGGCACUUAGUUCAAACAGUCAUUAUGGUGGUAUACAUGACAGCUAUUUAUGAAGUAAACACGUUUGCAACUUGACUUUGAUGGAAAGAUCCAAGAAACCAAACUGUCAGAUACAUUUUCUCACAUUGUCAUUUGUGUAGAUUAAUUUUAUAUUGUACAUUUGUUCUUUGUGUUGGUUUUUUUAAACUAUUUAUAGGUUUAAAAGGAAACGUUUGAUGGUUUUGUGAAUGCAUACACCUGGGACAAGUAUCAUAAGGUCUUAUUCAACAUCCGUCAGAAUUUUAGUCAGCUUAAGGUGGGGAAAUAGUUGAUAGCAUAACCAGGAGCCCCUUGUGGGCAGACAUUGUCAGUGGGACAGGGAACAUGGCCCAGUUUCUAACUGUAAGAAUAACUUGGAACCAAGCACACACACAGUGUCCACACUACUUGAAAUUGUGAAUAUUAAAUUCCACAUUUACAGCAAUAUUAAACCCUGCAAAAUAUAGUUUAGUAUACAAGGACCUUUAUCUCAGAAAUACAUUUCUUGGUUUUUGGUUCUGUAGCUUGAAAUUAAAAGAAUAGGCCUAUGCUAUAAGUAAUUAGAAUAAUUUUGCUGGAACUAAUACUCAAAACACUAGACUCCCUAUCUGGCCAAAGUAAAUUACUCUUCCUUAUGCCAGUAUUUGCUUAGCCUGUUUUUAAUCAUUCCUUUCAAACCGCUUUGCUUUUUUGGGGGGAGGCAUAACUUUACCUGUUAAUACCACGUAGCAGUUGCCACAUGAGCAAUGUUUAUGAAUAUCGAACGGUGCAUAUUUAAAAUCCCUACGUAGGUGUAAAGAAAAUACACAGUGGUUCAAUGCCUGAUUCGGGAGGUGAACCGUCCCUUACAAACAAGUCCUUGGUUUCAAAGUGUGUCUUUGUAACAUGUUUUUGUAUCAUUGUGGUAGCGUAAUAAAAC